AAUAAUUUGAUAGAAAUGUGACUUGUAUACAUCGACAACGAAUCCUGCCCCUGCUUGAAACUUAACAAAACUGAGUUAUGAAUGGGAAUAAAGAGAUCAAGAUAUUCAAGGAUCACUCAGUGUCAUUCAAAGAAUCUCCCGAUUACAAGUAUAAAGUUCCGCCCACCUCAGCAAAGUCCCCAGCCAACAAACGUAACAGGACCCCUCCUGGCCAGACAAAGUCACGAUCUUUCAACUUGAGGUCUUCUCUGAGGCACUCCCAGAGUCUAACUUUCAUUCCUGGUCACACGCUUAGUUCAUAUUGCGACCCUGGAGUCCUCACAGAGACAGCCAAGGCUCAGCUAAUGAGGGAUGGGCUGGAUAGAAGAGUCCAGGACCUCACCUCCACAGUCUCUUUUAGUCUGGAUGUUUUUGAGGAUAUGGUGCCGGAAAUGCUGCCUUAUUACAAAGCUGCCGGGGAGAAUCUUUUCUCUAUCCCGAGAGGUCUUCAGAAAGCAGGGACUCCACCGUGUUUCUAUAGCAGCAGAAACCUGGCAACCAAAGAUUCGCGAGGGUACUGGCCUGUCUCUCACUUACCGUGUAUUUUGAAGAACUGUGCUAAGAAACUCAACCACUCUCAUACUGCUCCAAUCAACAGCUCAGAUUCCUGGAACAAGAAGCCGGCUAUAGCCAACUCAUCCCGCAGUACAAUAGGGAGCUGUCCAAGUAGGCUAUCUGUAUCUUCCGCUAGGAGUGAGUACGAGGAUGAGAGGUUCCUGAGUCAACUCAGUCCUUCUACUGUCGAGCUCAUUGUAAGUAGAAUGACGCAUGGCCUGCAACAAGAGAGACUCAAGAAGAAAUUCAAGAUCUCAACCAAAACUAUGAGCGAGCCAGACCCUAUUUCUAUUUUCUAAAUUACAUUUGUCAGAGAUGAAGUUCUGUUUUACGGCUCUAUAGAGUUCUUUAGAGGUAAAGUUGUACUCUAAGUCCUCUAAGUCUGGCUCACUGGAGGUUAUAAAUGUAAGAACUGAGCAACCUCAACUUAAAUUUAUAAUGAGGAACUAUCAUUUCUGUCAGCUGAAUGACAUAUAGCACGUGUUUUAAGAAUCAGAGUUGAAAGGACUAGAUUGUAGAAUGUAGAUCAGAAAUGCAGCUUCAUUCAACCAGUAGGGGUCAAAAUAACAUUCCGAUGGUAAAAAUUAAAUACGCUUAAUAUUGAGGUAAUUUCCAUGAUUUAGAAUUUCUCUAAUACCUACAUAAUUUUUUGCGAUAAAAUGACUAAAAGCUUACAAGUUACAAGGGACUAUAUUUGACCCCUUGUAGUUGUACUAUACUAGUAAUAGUAUCGGGUAUUGUAGUCCUCUGCCCUACCCGAUCGCUUAUUAAUUUAUGUAGCUCUUAAAAAGAGUUCACCGACAGAGGAGAAUUAACUUUGUUAGUCAAACCUCUUCGCGGAUUAAUGAUACUAAUCUCUCGGAGCCUGUGAAUCUGUUGCAGGAAUACGACUCAAGUUUGGUCUGUGUCUAACAAUGUAGGUGACUGGUGAUAUGUACUUGUUGGAUACAAGACACACUACACAGUGUCGUUAAACAAUAGUUAUUUAAAUAAUAGUUAUUUAAAGCUCAGUAUAAAAAUCUACAAGUGGGAAAUUAUUAUCUAUUUUAAUAAUGAUUUAUGUGAAAUGGCUUGAAUAUUCAUUUUAAGCUCCUCGAGCAUCUCAAACAUUCGUUUGAAACAAUGAACAGCUUCCUUUAUAUUGAUAAAAUACUUGAGAAAAGACAAUAUGUUUAUUGUUUAAUUAGUUUCUUAAUGUUCUUUCGGCAUCGACCUCACGUUCUACAUUGUUAGAAUAAAUUGAAUAUUUCAGUUUGAUUUUAGUUUUACUGUGUUUGAAGCUGUUGAAACAUCGUUGAAAUAAUGAUACUCAUUACUCAAAUUUUGUAGACUCAAAAUUGGUUGCGAUAGGCUUACGAAGAAUCUGAAUAAGUUUAGCUUGUGCUGAAACAUUCACUUUCACUUUCACUUUUAUCUCCGUCAUAACUCUUUUGUCUCCAUGAGUAGAGACGGGUUGUUGCUAAAGUUAUUAACGCUGUUAUGAGUGACUGUUUCCUGACUUAAUACCGAGUCCCCCCUGGCCCCACACUUUCCACAUUGAACGUUAUGUCCAUAUAAGGUAUUAUCAUCUCUCUCCACAUUCCAAUAAUAUGGUGCUCCAAACUGACGGUAAUUCUUGCACUGGUUGCAAUAGUAAGCAUCUAUGUUUGAAAUCCUGGGCACUGCACUGUGGUAGCCGCGAAUCAUUUGUCCGUCGCAUAGACAAGUGGACGUGUUUCCAUGGUAACUUGCCGCAUAACGAACAACCACGCGGUUUCUGCUGCUUGGCGGCCGGAGAUUUACUGAGUUUAUUCUUUCUUCUUGAGUCGAAUUUGCAGCUUCUUCUAGUGUCUGAAUUGAUUUAUAAUCGUCAAAAUUCAAGCUAUUUAAUACAAAAUAUUUAAAUGCCUAAAAGUAUGUUAGUUAAACCUUUACAUAUUUUAACUUGUUGUUGAUCACAUGUACGGAUUGUAUAAAAAUACUAAACGUUGAUAGUCAAAGUGAUUUUCAUAAGCACUGCGGAUAAAAUAACGC